UACUUGGGCAAUUCGAUGAGCGCUCUGAUUUCUCAGAUCCGAGUCUCCAGGGCCAGCGUGGCCCUGGCUGGGGACUUAGACCCUAGCCCCCGGCAGGGAAUGACGACUCCGGGCGGUAGGGGGCGCCGGCGCGCGGCCAGGCGAGGCCCUGUGCCGCCUGGCUACCUCCCCUCCAGGAGCCGUACCGCCCGCGACGCCAUGCAAGCGCUGCAGCUUCUGCUGCGCACCGGCUUGGGCUGUCACGCGGGUGCCCCCGUCGCCACCCGCCUGUGGAGGGUCGCGAGCGCAGGCCUCGUGCCGUGCCGCGCCAUGACCACGUACCGCACGGAGGAGCGCGGCCAGCCCCCGUCGCCCGGUUACCGCCUCUUCUUCAAGAAUGAAGCUGGUCACUAUAUUUCCCCCUUUCAUGAUAUUCCUCUGAAGGUGGACUCUACACAGGAAAAUGGCAUUCCCACAAAGAGAGCACAAAAUGAUGGAUCUAAGAAUUUGUUUAAUAUGGUUGUCGAAGUACCUCGGUGGACAAAUGCUAAAAUGGAGAUUGCCACGCAGGAGCCAUUGAAUCCCAUUAAACAAGACAUAAAGGAUGGCAAGCUGCGCUACGUGGCGAAUAUCUUUCCCCACAAGGGUUAUAUAUGGAAUUAUGGUGCCCUCCCUCAGACUUGGGAAGAUCCCCAUCAGAAAGAUAAGAGCACAGACUGCUGUGGAGAUGACGAUCCUAUUGAUGUUUGUGAAAUAGGCUCAAAGGUUCUUUCUUGUGGGGAUGUUAUUCGUGUGAAGAUCCUUGGAAUUUUGGCUCUUAUUGAUCAGGGGGAAACAGAUUGGAAAUUAAUUGCUAUCAAUGUAAAUGAUCCUGAAGCCUCAAAGUUUCACGAUAUUGAUGAUGUUAAGAAGUACAAACCAGGUUAUUUGGAAGCUACCUUUAAUUGGUUUAGAUUUUAUAAGGUGCCAGAGGGAAAACCAGAAAACCAGUUUGCUUUUAAUGGAGAAUUCAAAAACAAGGCUUUUGCUCUUGAAGUUGUAAAAUCGGCUCAUGAAUGUUGGAAAGCAUUGCUUAUGAAGAAGUGUGAUGGAGGAGCUAUAAAUUGCACGAAUGUGCAGGUGUGCGAUAGUCCUUUCCAUUGCACUCCGGAGGAAGCGAGAGCAUUAGUUCAGUCGGUACCAUCUUCAACAAAUAAAGAAAGUAAUGAAGAAGAGCAAGUGUGGCACUUCCUUGGCAAGGGAUGGGAGCAUUUGAAGUUCUGCCAUCAAGACUUCGGUUUCUGAGGACUUCCAGACUCCGUCUCCCUCAAGUGCUAGAGAUAGGCUGAUCUGUGAGAAUUUGAUGACUUUCUGUUGGAACUCCAUUUUUUUCCCCAAACUUUCUAAGAUAUGCACUAUGUAAAUAAACACUGGAAUGUUUGAA